UUGGCAGAACGUCUGGAGCGGGGGACCCGCAGGACAGCGACAGGCGCGCACACAACAGGAGACAAGCACGAUGCUGAAGACAAAGAUCUGGCACUAGCUAUCUCCCUCUCCCUUGGCUCGUCCGCAGACACGGUAGGGGCGGGGGAGGCGGCGGGGACACGAGAAGAGGGGAGAGCGGAGGAAGGGGGUAGGGACGUGCCGGACCCGAACCUCGAGGGAGAAGACACAAGGCUGCAUCUCGACACAAAAGACUUGCCCGAAGCUGCAGGUGUGGAGGACGCGGACGCCCAGGCCGACGCCGACUUUGCGCUGGCCCUCCAGCUCCAAGCGGACGAGGAAUGUGCUUUGCGUGCAGCCCGUCAUGCCGCCGCCGCGCGCGAUCAACGCCAACACGGACCUCUGAGCAAAGUCUCUGUCGCCUACAGGCUGGAGGGAGGGAGGGAGGGAGGGCAGGCGGGAGGACGUGGUCGAGAAGAGCGAAUUCUCCUGUCCGCGGAGGACGCCAGCAGCGAGCCAAUGCCCUCGUACUCUACAAGAGAAAAGUCCGGAGACAAAGGGGACGCGCUCAAUCGACUUAAGGUGGCGGGGUCGAGGGGCGGGCGGCGGCGGCGGCAGAAGCAGGGAGAGCUGUGGACAACGUGGGAAGGGGAGGUGGUUUCGAAGCACGACGCGGCGAUCAAUGGGCGUCUAAAUGCGCUGGAGCUGAUGUCCCGCUACUCAGGCGUCGGAGACGUCGAAGCGGAGUCGGGCUUCUCCAUCCCGAAUCGAGCGUCGAAUCAGUUGCGUCAACGCUUCAACAAAGACGAGGUGGCCAAGAAUUCGAGCGGGGCGGCCGCAGGCGCCAUGGAGGGGCGGACGCGGCAGACGCAGGAAGGGGUCUUGGACGCCAGGACACGGCUUCUCCUCCUUCGGAUAUUGAACAAAGGUAGCUUGUUUAGGGAGGUGGGCGGAGUGGUGAAGACCGGGAAAGAGAGCAAUGUCUAUUAUGCGCCAGGGGUGGGGCCGAGAGGGAGGGAGGAGGACGGGGAGGGAUGGAGGGAAGAUGGAAGUGGGGAAAGGGAGAGGAAGGUGGAGGGACGGGUGGAAGAGGACAAGGUGUUGGUUGAAAGGGAAGGGGGAGGAAGGGGGGGGAGGAAGGCCAAAGGAUGUGAUUGUGCCAUCAAGAUCUUCAAGACCACCCUGAACGAAUUUUCAAAUCGGGCUGCGUACAUUGACGGCGAUCCUCGCUUUGGGAAGUUGCGUUUCAACAAGAAAUCUACCCGGGCCAAGUUCCAACUAUGGGCGGAGAAAGAGGCACGAAACCUGCUUCGGAUGAGGAAAGCAGGGAUUCCGUGCCCGGUCCCGCUCCUCCAAAAGGAGCACGUCUUGGUCAUGUCCUUCUUGGGGGAGGACGGCUGGCCGUCGCCACAGCUCAGGGAGGUGAGGUUGUCUCCCUCUGCUGCCUCCAAAGGGAGAGGACGGGAAGGGGGGGAGGGCGGGGGAGCGCGACAGUGGUGGGAGAAAUGUUACCGAAGUGUGCUGAUGCUGGUCCGAGACCUGUACCAGAAAGCGGGCUUGGUGCAUGGCGAUUUGUCCGAGUACAACAUCUUGUGGCAUGCGAAUCAGGUGCACCUGAUUGACGUGGGGCAGGCCGUUCACAAAGGCCAUGCUUGGGCGGAUACGUUGUUGGCGCGGGAUCUGAGACACGUGCAUUCCUUUUUUAAAAGCAAGGGUGUGAAGGUUUUAGAGGAAGAUGGACGAGAGGGGAAGGAGGGAAAUGGCGUCAGGUUCGUGAAGAUGGUGUACGUGGAGCCGGGCGUCAAGCCAAGAAGAAUGGAGGGGAAAAGAGAGUGGAGGGAAGCCGAAGGUGGUUGGGGGAACGUUUCGGAUGAGGAGAUGGACAUCGGAAAGGAAUCGGAGGCCGCCGUAGAGAUUCUCGAGCGACUGAUCGACGGGAGUGAAACUUGGGAAGAGAUUCUGAAGAGCGUGCGUGAGGUUUUCAGCGGUGCGGCGCAGCGGGAGGAAGAAGCAGAGGAAGAUGAGCUUGAGCUUGAUAUCAAUGAGGAGGAAGAAGGAGAAUUAAAUGGAAGAGAAGAGGGCGAUGUGGAAGAAGAGGAGUGA